ACAAUAGAUAAAAACCCAAGGAAAAACAAAACCCAAUUUGAGGAACUCGAACUCCUUAAUCUUCUAUUAUUGAAUCCUUUCUCUUGAUCUUCAAGAAUACCCAAAAAAGGGCUGCCACCAGCCUCUCCAAAGCUCUCUUCUUUCUGAAUUUGGAUAGGUAUUUAUAAGAUUUUAAAAACCCUAAUUGAAAUAGAAGUAGGACUUGGAAUAAAAAUAGGAAAGUGAAUUUUAGAUGCUGAUCACGUGGUGCUGACACUUCGGAUUACGUGUUGACACAAAAUAGGAAACAGAAUUUGAUUCUGGACGUUUAGCGCAUGGUGUCGACAUCUCGGUUACGUGUCGACACUACACCCGUGUCAGGUUUUUGGCCUCCUUUUGCAAUUUCUUCAAUGGUAAAAUAGCAGAUUUGGUUCCUGACUUCUGGGUUCUGCACAAGUUGAUCCUCAAGUCUUUGAUCUCUUCAAUUUAUUUCUAAAAAGUAUGAUUUCUUCCAAUUAAAUCCUUUCCUACACAAAGAAUGGAAACCAUGUAAAAUCAAACAAAAUCCCAUAAAACACAUCCAAAUAUCAAUAAUAUCAAAGUAAAAAUUCCCUAUUAAUAUGUAUAUAAAUUUAGCUCAUCAGUUGUUUUCUCAAUUCUCCACUCACUCCCAAAAGAUGUGUGAAUAUAAAAAAAACAGUGCACUUAAACGUGAUAAUUCUUUUGGCUAUACAUAUUGAACAUCCAUCUAACCACCAAGCUUAGUAUUGUGCGCAAAAAGUUUUUAGAAGUUACUCUUUAAUAAUCAAGAUAAAGAAAGUGAUUUAAACCAAGUAAUUUUGCAAUUAUACCUAGGUAGAAAAGCA